GAUAAUGGCCCAGACUUAACAGGAUGACUGAAUUAUGAAUUUUUGUCCUUUUAUGAUGCAUUGUGGGAAAACAAAUACCGAGGAGGACACCCUGGACAGCAAAGAACAAAGGAUCGCAUGUGGUUUUUGGACAUGUCCAACCAUUCCUCACACAUCCUGAUCUAUUGAGGAGGAAUGGUUAUUGAGUCUUUUCUUCUAAUCUACGUAAAUCACUGGAUCCAACAUCUCCAUGGAGGAAUUAUACGAGACUUCUACUGUGUGUGCGCGCGCGCAGGGAUGCCCUAGCUCCACAUGAGCCGUGAUAGAUUGGAGUACUUUUAUGGAAAUUGCUUGGAAAUUUCAGCUCAGCUGAAAGAAAUCCGGGCAGCAAUAAUCCAACAGCAACACACACACACAUAGAAGUCAGUGCCGGCGAUCUGUGUGUCUCUGCAAUAAGUGGCUGAUAAAACGCAAUAAAUUCUCUAAAAUAAAUACAGUCAUCCGGUUGUGCGCUAUGGGCGACGAGGCGUCAAACUUCAGGGGCAGCAGCAGGACCGGUGUCUCAUCACCAAAAGCAAGGACUGGUGAGGAUCACGGCAAAGCGGAGAAUCUGGGCUAAACUAAAUCUAUUCUCUACAGAAAACAAUGAGAUUUACGAUUUUUGGAUAACUUAUUAGAUGAUCACUGUGACAGUUUUUGAUGUUAUUCAGAAAACAUAAUUCAGAUCUGCGCUGUGCUGGACUUGGUCACUUUGAUUUGUUCUCUCGGAGAUCAAGUGGCAGAGUGGGACAUGAGACGUUGUGUGCUUAAAAUAAACGAAUACAGCCAUAGCAUUUAAUCAAUAAGUUUAAAGAGGACUCCUGAUUUUUUUAUAUUAUUAUUUUUGCACUAUGAUGGAACCACCACCAUGCUCGAAGAAGAGCCUGUCCCUGUCGCUCCCGGUUCCCCGGGAAGGGCAGGCGACUCUCAAGCCUCCGCAGCAUCUUUGGAGGCAACCCCGGACCCCGAUCAAAAUCAAACACAGGGGCUACUCCGACACCGACCGGCAUCACCACCGGCACAUGGAGCGCUCCGACGCCGUGGAUACGAGCGACCGACCAGGGUUGAAAAAGUCUCGGAUGUCUUGGCCAUCAUCCUUUCACGGGACUACAAACACAUCCAUUGGAAAUUGUGUCGGCAAUAAACGCUUCGAUUCAGAGAAUGGUCCCUCGCCAGGCCGCAGUCCCAUGGAUUCGCAGGCGAGUCCCGGGUUGGUGCUCCACCCUUCUUUCCCUCAGAGCCAGCGCAGGGAGUCCUUCCUCUACCGCUCCGACUCGGACUACGACACGUCGCCCAAAACCAUGUCACGCAACUCCUCCGUCAACAGUGAGGGGCACGCCGAAGACAUGAUCGUCACCCCUUUCGCUCAGGUGUUGGCCAGCCUACGAACUGUAAGAAGCAACUUCACCAUCCUCGCCAAUGUCACAACACCCACUAACAAGAGGUCACCAGUGACAAGCCAACCCACUGUUCCCCAAGCUACACUCUCUGAGGAAACAUACCAGCAGAUGGCUCGGGAGACUCUGGAUGAACUGGACUGGUGUCUGGACCAGCUGGAGACCAUUCAGACCCACCGCUCAGUCAGCGAGAUGGCCUCCAACAAGUUCAAGAGGAUGUUGAACCGGGAGCUGUCCCAUUUGUCAGAGAUGAGUCGCUCAGGGAACCAGGUGUCAGAAUACAUCUCCACUACCUUUCUAGAUAAGCAGAAUGAGGUGGAGAUCCCAUCCCCAACUUUGAGGGAGCGGGAGAAGCCCAUGUGUCAUAUCAGUGGUGUGAAGAAGCUCACGCACAGUUCCAGCCUUUCUAACUCCACCAUGCCUCGCUUUGGGGUAAAGACUGAACAUGAGGAUUCAUUAGCCAGGGAGCUGAACGACUUAAACAAGUGGGGCCUUAAUAUCUUUCGUGUGGCAGAGUUCUCUAAUAACCGACCCCUCAGCUGCAUAAUGUUUGCCAUCUUCCAGGAGAGAGAUCUACUGAAGACCUUCCGAAUCCCUGUGGACACUUUUGUCACCUAUGUGAUGACCCUGGAGGACCACUACCAUGCCAAUGUGGCCUACCACAAUAGCCUCCACGCUGCAGAUGUCACUCAGUCCACUCAUGUCCUGCUAUCUACACCGGCUCUAGAUGCUGUGUUUACUGAUCUUGAGAUACUUGCUGCACUAUUUGCUGCUGCCAUCCAUGAUGUGGACCACCCUGGAGUGUCCAACCAAUUCCUCAUAAACACAAACUCAGAGCUAGCCCUGAUGUACAACGAUGAGUCUGUGUUGGAGAACCAUCACCUAGCUGUGGGCUUCAAGCUGCUCCAUGAGGACAACUGCGACAUCUUCCAGAACCUUAGCAAGAGGCAAAGGCAGAGCCUGAGAAAACUUGUAAUUGAUAUGGUUUUGGCAACAGAUAUGUCUAAACACAUGAGUUUGCUGGCAGACCUCAAAACGAUGGUGGAAACCAAGAAAGUGACGAGUUCUGGAGUACUGCUGCUCGACCAUUACACUGAUCGGAUACAGGUGUUGAGGAACAUGGUGCACUGUGCAGACCUGAGCAAUCCUACUAAACCCCUGGCCGUUUAUCGACAAUGGACAGAGAGAAUCAUGGAGGAGUUCUUCAGGCAGGGAGAUAAGGAGAGAGAGCGAGGGAUGGAGAUCAGUCCCAUGUGUGAUAAACACACUGCAUCUGUGGAAAAGAGCCAGGUGGGCUUUAUCGACUACAUUGUCCACCCACUGUGGGAGACAUGGGGGGACCUUGUGCACCCUGAUGCCCAGGACAUCUUGGACACCCUAGAGGACAACAGGGACUGGUACCAGAGCACUAUACCACAAAGCCCCUCCCCUCCUCCUGUGGGCCAAGAUAAGGAGCUAAUUGACAAGUUUCAGUUUGAGCUCACCCUCGAAGACAGCUCUCCGCGAGAGGAGGGAGAUGAGGGUGAAAAGUCAAUGCUAAACCACGUGGAACAAGACUGCAGUCAAAGGGAGGAGGAGGAGGAAAAUAAAAAAGAGGAGGAGGAAAACACAAUGGUAGAGGAGGAAAACGAGGACAUAAUAGAAGAGGAAGAUGAAGUGGCAAUGGAGGAAGAGGAAGCUGAGGAGGAGCAAGAGGAGGAGCUAAAAGCUCGGCUGGAGGUGAGAUCUGAAAAGGAGAGACUUUCUGACACAAGUCCUGUAGAAGAAGAGGAAGAUUCUUCUUCACAAGCUGAAGAUACAUGAGUUCUGCUCCUGUAUCUCCCUCUUCACUUGCACACAUUAUCUUGUUCAUCCUUGGCCAAACCAAGAACAAAAAUAAGACUGCAAAGACGAUGCAGACCUUUAAAUAUAUAUUUUCAAAAAGGGAAUAAAUCAAAAUUGCUCAAAGAGAAGGUAAUUACACAGCAACUGUAGAUUUGGAAUGGGACAAGUCCUUGGACUUAUUUCACAACGAACUCUGAACCAAGAGGAAUUUAGGAGAUUUAAGAUGGGCACUAAAGACAGCGUAGCACUCUGGUACUGGAAUGCACACACAUAAACACACAUCAAGUCACACAAGAUCACACAUGGUAGGGUAAUGUGUUGAAGUGCAGGCAUCAGUGCAUUUCCACAGCUGAGACCAAUGCACAGGACACACACACACACACACACACACACACACACACACACACACAUACACACACACACACACUUGACUUUAUGUUUAUGUGUGUGCAUAAGGGCCAUUGAUCAUGUAAUGAAUCUCUUUGGAAAAAGCCAUCUCUCAAUGGAGUAUUAACUAGUGUUCAGUCAGUAUUAGUAAUUCAUGUUCGUUAGAACCUCAACAGAAACUGUUCUCCUCAGAAAAGCUACAUGUCCGAAGGGACUUUUUUUUUCCAUUUCUGUCGGAAAAAAAAAAGAAUAUCCACAGAGUUGGAGGAGAGAGGAAGGAGGGUACAGAAGGAAAGAAGGAUGCUGCGAUGAGGGGGCCGCCUGGUCCCACACCCCUUUUUCCCUUUACGAGGCGAGUGCUACUGGUGCAAGAUGGCUCUGUGCCUUUCAGAAACACCAGCUUCCUGAAUGGAGCUGUCGUGAAGCAAUGCAUUGUGGGCUGGGAGUGUCUGAUUUGUUAUAAUUUUUUGAUUGUCUCUUGUUAACGAUCUCUCACUGUUCAUGAUAUCGUGGUGUGUAUCUCACACGUACAGUUACUGUGGUGAUAUGUUUUAAGCUGUAAGUCUUCCUUUUGUUGCUCUUCUGGUAAUAUAAAAACUCAGAACUCUAGAUGCAGAGCAAUCACUACCCGCCACCACAACCACCAGUGGUUCUCAUUUUCAGCUUAUGUUUUUUUCUUAUUAGAAUUAUUUAAAAAAAAAAAAUUCAGAGAAUAAGCCAUGUGAUGCUUUGAAGCAUAUUUUUUGCCUAAUAUUCUAUUUGCUGGAUAUGUUCAAGGGGUACCGAUUUAUUUCAUGAGCAGAAACAAAUUCUCAACCGCCAUCUCACACCCUCUUGCACUGUGUGUUUAUGUCUCCAAUGAUUCUCACCAAAGUAAAGGAUGAGAAACUCUGGCAGUUUGACAGUGGAAGAAAGGAUUGGAAGGAACUCAGAAAUAUUUGAAAAUCAGGGAGGUAGAAUGUCAAGAGAAAGAAGUGCGACUUGGCCAAAAGGAGGUCCGGCAGUCCCUAAUCAUCCUUGUUAUGUUUGAUGCUUUUUGCCUUAAUGUGAGAUGCAGGAAACAUACCUGCCAGUAUGUAGAUUUAUAAGAUAUAUAAUAGAUAUCCUAGUAUAUUUAUAUCACGUCUGUAUGCUUAUUUCUGUGAGUAUCAGUGUGUCUAUACACAAUGUAUCCAGCAUUGCAUUUGGAUGGAAAAUGGAAACAUUGCUGACAAUAAGUUUUUAUGCAGUUGCUUUGCUGGGACCAAUGUAAAGAAUGUGUUUCAAUCAUGACGGUAAAUGACGAUCUUUGAACUACCUGGAGGCAUGCAGAGGAAAUAAAAGAGGGUAUUUGCAGGAGAUUAGAGGGGAAUAAGGAUGUCCUCUCUUAGAAAGUGACCAGAUAAUAAUUUACUGACAUGGUGUAGUUGAUGCUUUUUUUUUGUUCGUUUGCUUGUUGGCUUAUUGUGUUGUCAUGAGCAGGCUAUUGAGUAACCAAAAAAAGAGAGAGAACAGGACGUUAAAGAUAUUGUCAUAAGUGUAAUUUUAUUCCCUCACUGGCAUCACCACACCUCGUGAGUCGUGAAUGGUGUUCGGGAUUUGAUUAGCACAGCUUCAAUAGGUCACAGGUUUGUUUAGGUGUUUGUUUUUCACAGGGUAAAAAAAAAACAAUGAAUAAAAAAACAUAGGUGUGGUUGUUUUGAAGGUAAAAGCGAGUUUCUGCAGGUCAGUAACUGAGUUUAUCUGAAGACACCACAGCUCGGUGCAACAGAAACCUGUGUGUUUGACCUGCUCCAUCGCAGGAUGGGGCAGAGCUGCGGGGCCACCACACAGGCUUUCUUACUGGUAAUGGGAAUUCAGGAUUACUACUAGGAUUACUUAAAGGUUCCCAUAUGCAUCGGCCUUUUACUUUAACGAUGUUGCUUUGUUUUUGUGGCUUCAUGUUAUAUCAUAAGCUAUAAAAACGUUACUAUUUAAUUGCCAUACAAACACAAUACUGUAGCAAUUGUUUCUUAUUAAGACAAUUAUUCAACUGAUUGAUUGCUGCCAUUCUUUUUAAAUGAUGAGAAGAAAACCAUGGUAAGUGUUUUCUUUGAACAGUUUGUGUACAGUUUAUUUUUAUAUCAUUCUGGUGGAUGGUCUGGAAAAUAAAUCAAGUAUUGAUGAUAGCUAUAAGCAUUACCACUCUUGUAUAUAAUGUAAUAUUGGAAUGUAAAUGAGAAAUUUAUCCAAGUCAAAAUGAUGACAAAUAACUACUUAGGGUUGUUAAGUGAACCACAGAGGCCCUGCAGGCCAACCCCCCCCCCCCCCCACCUUGUUACUUCUAUGAUUGUUUUUGUUCACUUGUUGCUUACAUUCUGUCACUAUUUUCUGUGUCCACAUUUCUGAUUCAAAUCAAAUAUAUUUGUACCAGCACUUUAUUUCAUCAGGUUUAGAGACAGGCGGUGAUUUUCAGGUAGUGUGGGGUCUCUGCUGGUGGUUUGGUCAUUGGAGGUCACCUGUUGAUUAUAUUCCAUUGGGCCGAGUCACAAACCUUCAUCAUGCAGUCGUCAACGUUUACCUUUUUUCUAGUGGUAUAAACAAACAUACAAAACAUUGUCAAUUACUAGUCCAUGUGAGAUUAAACUCAUUUGACUGAUGCGGUCAAAUGUAAACUGAUGAAGUCACAUCAGAUGUGAUAUGUUUAAAGGAAUCAAAUGUGUCCUUAUCCAACUUGGCCAUUUCUAGUACUAUCAACACCUCCUUUUCUUAGUAACUUUAAAUCACUAGCCUGAUAGCCUAAAUGUUUGUCCAAUGGCGACCAAACUAGCUGGUCACCAUCAAGUUACUUUGUCGUCGACUGAAUCCUUCUGUGUAAAAUUCUCUGGGCUUUAAUACAUAUGUUUGUUCACAAGUAAGAAAGGUUAUACAAGGGGAAAACAACAUUAAAUGAUUGUAAUAUUUGUAAAUGAUCUUGUUGUAAUGUGUAAAAUGUGUCCAAGUUAUUUUUUAUUAUAUUAUUUUUAUGAGAGUUUUCCUCUUUAACAGAGCUGAGGUGUCAUUUUGUGAAUAAAUGCAUUUAAUAAGCAAACAUCUAUAUAUAAAACAAUAUUAUAGUAUAUCAGUAUAUUUUUCUUUUAUUUCACUGUUCGGUACUGUAAAGUGUGUUAAAAAUACAAAUAAAGUAAGAUUUUUAUAUUAAA